AUGGCACCUGCAUCCCAAUUCGAGCUGGCGCAGCCGCCCAGCGAUGCCAUCUCCGCGCUCGCGUAUGCGCCCGACUCACCUACCAGGCUACUCGUCUCGUGCUGGGACAAAAAAAUCUACCUCUACGACACACACAGCGGCAGCGAAGAUGCGCAGGGCACUCUGAUUACGACCGUCGAGUUCCGCGCCCCCGUCCUUGACGUAUGCUUCGGCGCGACAGACAACGAGGCCUACACGGCGUGCUUGGACCACUGUGUUUACCGGGUCGAUCUGGAGUCGGGAGAGAAGUCCGUAGUCUCCCAACAUACCGCGCCCGCGCGAUGCGUCGCGUACAGCCAGGAGCACUCCCUGCUCAUCUCCGCGUCCUGGGACCAGACCCUGCAAAUCCACAACGCAAAGUCCCCCUCCGACCCGAACAUUACUGUCCACUUGCCGGGCAAGCCUCACGCCCUGGCCGUCAGCCCGUCCAAGGUUGUCGUCGCCAUGACGGCCCGUCUGGUUAACAUCUACGACAUCAGCGCCGUGCCCGCCCUUUUUUCGCAGCCCGGACCCCACGAGAUCAAGCCCUGGCAGCAGCGCGAGUCUUCCCUCAAGUUCCUGACCCGCGCCGUCUCCUGCAUGCCCAACGACGCCGGCUACGCCACCAGCAGCAUCGAGGGGCGUGUCGCCGUUGAGUGGUUCGAGGACUCAGCCGAGUCGCAGGCGCGCAAGUACGCCUUCAAGUGCCAUCGCCAAGCUGCGCCCGCCGAGGGCGAGGGCGACAUUGUCUACCCGGUCAACGCCAUGAUCUUCCACCCGGUGUAUGGCACCUUUGCCUCUGGUGGUGGCGACGGCACCGUUGCGCUUUGGGACGCCGAGGCCAAGCGCAGGAUGAAGCAGUACCAAAAGUUCCCCGACAGCGUUGCUGCGCUUGCGUUCUCCAAGGACGGCAAGUAUCUCGCCAUCGGCGUCUGUCCCGGCUUCGAGACAGGCAUGGAGGACUACAGCGCCGAGGGUAAGGCCAGCGUUUUCGUCCGCGAGCUUGGUGACGCGGAGGCCAAGCCCAAGGGCGCGAAAUGA